AAAAUCAAUAACUGCGGCUGUCAGUGUGACGUUUCUUCCGUUCGCGUGUCGGCAAGUGGAAUUAAGAUCCUUGGGUUAUUAAAUAAAAUCUUCAUUAUAGACAGCAGAAUAAUACCCACCGCUUCACCAUGAAAAUAGCGUGCAACAAAGUUAACCCACCGUUAGGGGGUUUGCUGACGGUGGAAUUCUACAGGGCCGCGGCAGGGAAUAUAGAUGUAGUAUGGGGCAACGACUCUUCAGUUACACUGCCUAAUUCCAAGAAGCCAGUGCCAUAUGGGACGAGCAAUGAUUUGAUUAGAAUUCUCGAGAACAACUUCAAUAAAUCCGCUGAACCGCUGCAGAAAGUGACGAUGAAUCAUUGGCUGUCGUUCAGCCUGAUAUUGGAUGAUGAGAUCCCGAAAUCCAUUGAGUAUCUGGAUAAAACACUGAGUACUUUAACUUAUUUGGUUGGAGAAUCAUUGUCUGUGUCCGAUUUGGCGGUUUUCAGCGCACUUUAUGUGUCCACAAAAUUCAAGGAAGUAUCAAAAUCUAGCCCAUCUAAAAACAUCCAGAGAUGGAUGAAAUUGAUUGAGGCGCAAGCAUCUGUUGGUAAAGUACUGAAAGAACUCCCCAAUGAUGUGUUGGAGAACCUCAAUAAAUCUGGCUCAAGAAGGUCUCCGGUAAACAAUAAUGAAUCUAGCCAGGGGCGCCAGCAAGAGGGCAAGUUCAUUGAACUCCCACACGCAGAGAUGGGCAAAGUUGUUGUGCGAUUCCCGCCUGAAGCGUCAGGCUACCUCCACAUUGGUCAUGCUAAGGCAGCUCUCCUCAACCAGUACUAUCAGCAAGCCUUUCAAGGCAAGCUGGUUAUGAGAUUUGAUGACACUAAUCCUGCUAAAGAGAAUGCUGAGUUUGAAAAGGUGAUCUUGGAAGAUGUGGAGAUGUUAGAGAUCAAGCCAGAUAUGUUCACACAUACAUCCCAAUACUUCGAUCUGAUGAUGGAGUACUGUGAGAAGCUCAUUAAGGAAGGCAAGGCGUUUGUCGACGACACCCCCGCUGAACAAAUGAAGAAUGAGAGGGAACAGAAGAUCGAGAGCAAGAAUAGGAAUAACUCUGUGGAAGUAAACUUGAAGCUGUGGGAGGAGAUGAAGAAGGGCAGCGAACAGGGGGUGACGUGCUGCGUCCGCGCCAAAAUCGACAUGAAGUCCGCUAACGGCUGCAUGCGCGACCCCACCAUCUACCGCUGCAAGCCGGAGACGCAUCCGCGCACCGGCAACCAAUACAAGGUGUAUCCAACAUAUGACUUCGCAUGUCCGAUCGUGGAUUCUGUGGAGGGGGUGACACACGUCCUGCGAACAAUGGAGUACCACGACAGGGACCCGCAGUUCUACUGGUUCAUUGACGCCAUUGGACUGAGGAAACCUUACAUAUGGGAGUACAGCAGGCUGAGCAUGACAAACACAGUGUUGUCGAAGAGAAAAUUGACAUGGUUCGUCGAGCAGGGAUUGGUUGAUGGCUGGGACGACCCGCGCAUGCCGACGGUGCGCGGCGUGCUGCGGCGCGGCAUGACGGUGGAGGCGCUGCGGCAGUUCAUACAGGCGCAGGGCUCCAGCCGCUCCGUCGUCUUCAUGGAGUGGGACAAGAUCUGGGCCAUUAACAAGAAGGUCAUAGAUCCAAUCGCGCCACGCUACACCGCUCUAGAGGAGACACCGGUUCCUGUAAACUUGAAGGGCGUAACAGCAGACAGCACCAUGCCGGUGGCGCUUCACCCAAAGAACCCUGACGUGGGUUCCAAGACCGUGUGGGUGUCGCAACGGCUGCUGAUCGAUCAGGUGGAUGCGAAGGCCUUGAAGGAGGGAGAAAAUGCUACCUUCAUCAAUUAUGGAAAUAUCAUGAUUGAUAAGAUUCAUAAAACACCUGACGGUACAGUGACAAGUGUCGAUGCUACACCCAACCUUGACAACAAGGACUAUAAGAAGACGUUAAAGCUCACGUGGCUCGCGGACAGCCCACAGUCCCCUAUGGUGGAGGUGUACUGUGUGUAUUUCGACCACAUUAUAUCCAAACCCGUGCUGGGGAAAGACGAGGACUUCAAGCAGUAUAUCGGACAUCAGACUCGGUGGGAGAUCCCGAUGCUGGGCGAGCCGGCGCUGAAUGCAGUGCGGACGGGCGACAUCAUGCAGCUGCAGCGGCGCGGGUUCUUCCGCGUGGAGAGCGCGCCCGCGCCGCCCUCGCCGCACUCUGCGCGCGCGCGCCCGCUCGUGCUGUUCCACGUGCCCGACGGACACACCAAGGAGAUGCCCGGACAGCCCAAGCCAACUCAAGCCACCCAGGCCGCGAAACCAAAACCGGCAGCUGCAGGGCCCAGCGCGGCUGACCUCAAUGAUCAGAUCACGAAACAGGGCGACUUGGUGCGCUCGUUGAAGUCCGCUAAAGCCGAAAAGGCCAAGAUCGACGAGGCUGUAAAGGCCUUGCUGGACCUUAAGGCCAAAUACAAAGCGGAGACAGGACAGGACUGGAAGCCGUCACCAGCUAAACCAGCGGCAGCAACACCGGAAGCGGCUUCUGGACUAUCAAACGAAGCGUUGUCAAUCAACAAAGAGAUCAUCAGCCAGGGCGACCUGGUGCGGUCGCUGAAGUCCGCUAAAGCUGAAAAAGCCAAGAUCGACGAGGCUGUAAAGGCGUUGCUGGACCUUAAGUCCAAAUACAAAGCGGAGACAGGACAGGACUGGAAGCCGUCACCAGCUAAACCGGCGGCAGCAGCACCAGUAGCAGCACCGGCAGCAGCUUCCGGACUAUCAAACGAAGCGUUGUCAAUCAAUAAAGAUAUCAUCAGCCAGGGCGACUUGGUGCGCUCGCUGAAGUCCGCUAAAGCCGAAAAAGCCAAGAUCGACGAGGCUGUAAAGGCCUUGCUGGACCUUAAGUCCAAAUACAAAGCGGAGACAGGACAGGACUGGAAGCCAUCACCAUCUAAACCGGCAGCAGCAGCACCGGCAGCGGCUGCAGGACUAUCAAACGAAGCGUUAGCAAUCAACAAAGAGAUCAUCAGUCAGGGUGACCUGGUUCGCUCGCUGAAAGCAGCUAAAGCGGAGAAACCUCUGAUCGACCAGGCAGUGAAAGCACUCCUGGAACUGAAGACCCAAUAUAAAGAAGCUACUGGAGAGGACUGGAAGCCGGGCGCCACCGCCGCCCCGCCCGCGCCGCGCCGAGACGCGGACGUACUGAGCCAGGAGAUCACCAGGCAGACGCAACUCAUUGGACAGCUGAGAGCUGACAAUAUCGACAAAUCUGUCCUCGAUCAAGCCAUCGAAGUACUCAAAAACUUCAAGGCCGAAUACAAAGCGAUUACUGGAAAGGAGUGGAUAACAGCGGUGCAGAGAGCAGCAGAACACCAGCGCGAGAGGGAGCGCGCACUGCUGGCGCCCGCCGUCGACCCGAGGGUGACAGAGCUGGACGCACAGAUCAUCGCGCAGGGUGACAAAGUGCGCAAACUCAAGGGUGACAUAGCCGAAAAGUCUAUCAUUGAUGUUGAGGUCAAGAACCUACUCAACUUAAAAGAACAAUACAAGGCGCUCACUGGUAAUAGUUGGACACCAAAGACGUCAAAAAUGGUAGGUAACGACCCCAAAGCUGUGGCUCUCCACGUCGAGAUCACCAAACAGGGCGAUUUCGUGAGGGCGUUGAAGGCGAAAAAGCUGAAAAGGUACAUAAAAUGCAUAACGACAGUGGACUUCGAAGUAAAGAAGCUUCUAGACCUGAAGAGCCAGUAUGAGAAGCUGGCCGGCACGCCGUACGUCGCGCCCGCUUCCAAAGACUCCAAAUCCAAGGAGAAGGCAGACAAACCGAAGGAGGCCAAGAAGGAAGCUAAACCGAAGGAAAAGUCACCAAAGCCAGCCAAAGAGGAAUCGUCUAGUGGUGUUAAGAAAAUAACAAGGCUGGGCCUUGAAGCCAACAAAGAUACAGAUUUGCCAGAGUGGUACUCUCAAGUCAUCACCAAAGCUGAAAUGAUCGACUAUUACGACAUCUCUGGUUGCUACAUCUUACGUCCAUGGUCGUACAGCAUAUGGGAUCAAAUCCGUAGUUUCCUAAGUCCACAGUUCAAAAAACUAGGCGUCAAAGAUGGAUACUUCCCGAUCUUCGUCUCUAAGGCGGCGCUGGAGCGCGAGAAGACGCACAUCGCGGACUUCGCGCCGGAGGUGGCGUGGGUGACGCGCUCGGGCGGCGCCGCGCUGGCCGAGCACAUCGCCGUGCGCCCCACGUCCGAGACCGCCAUGUACCCCGCCUACGCGCGCUGGAUACAGAGCCACCGCGACCUGCCCUACAAGCUCAACCAGUGGAACAACGUCGUCAGGUGGGAGUUCAAGCAGCCGCAGCCGUUCCUGCGCUCGCGCGAGUUCCUCUGGCAGGAGGGACACACCGCCUUCCGCACCAAAGAGGAGGCCGGCGAAGAAGUGCUGCAGAUAUUGGAUCUGUACGCGCGUAUAUACGAGGAAUUGCUCGCCAUCCCUGUCAUCAAGGGGCGUAAGACAGAGAAGGAGAAGUUCGCGGGCGCGGACUACACCACCACCGUCGAGGCGUACGUGCCCGCUAGCGGCAGGGCGAUACAGGGCGCUACUAGCCACCACCUGGGCCAGAACUUCUCGAAAAUGUUCGAGAUUGUGUACGACGACGCGGAGACCCAGGAGAAGAACUAUGUCUACCAGAACUCAUGGGGCAUCACCACCAGGACCAUCGGUGUAAUGGUGCUGGUGCACGGAGACGACAAGGGUCUAGUGCUGCCGCCGCGCAUCGCCGAGAUCCAGGCCGUCGUGGUGCCGUGCGGCGUCACCGCGGCCAGCACCGCCGACGAGCGGAAGGCGCUCAUCGACUCGUGCAAGGCGCUCGUCGACGACUUGCUGGCCGCCGGCAUACGCGCCGAGGGAGAUUACAGGGACAACUACUCGCCCGGCUGGAAGUUCAACCAUUGGGAGUUGAAGGGAGUGCCGGUACGCGUGGAGCUCGGGCCCAAGGACAUGGCGAACGGACAGGUGGUCGCCGUCCAGCGGUUCAGCGGUGACAAGAUGACGCUCAAACGCGACGUGGCCGGCAAGGAGAUCGUCGCCUUGCUCGAGCGUACACACGGACAGAUGUUUGACAAAGCAACAAAGGACCGCGACGCUCGCUUGUCCGAGGUAACAAAGUGGGAAGACUUCACAGCAGCUUUGGAGAAGAAACACAUCCUCCUCGCUCCAUUCUGCGGCGAGAUAUCCUGCGAGGACGCAAUCAAGAACGACAGCGCGAGGAAUGAGGAUGACCCAACAGUUGACGUGAAAGCUCCAGCCAUGGGCGCCAAGUCAUUGUGCAUACCAUUCAAACAGCCACGUGAGCUCUCGGAUGCUGACCGUUGCAUUCAUCCCAAAUGCAACAACAAACCCAAAUGCAUUACGUUGUUCGGAAGGAGCUAUUAAAAUACAUUGAAUACUUUCAUGUUUUAAUAAUUAUCAAUAUUAAACAAUCUUAAUUA